AUGACAGAUUGUAAGCCUUCUCCUUCUCCAGCGGACACCACAUUUCAGUUGUCCAAACAGGGUGAAACCUUUGAUGAUCCAUCAUUAUUUAGGAGCAUUGUUGGCGCUCUUCAGUAUGCGACCGUUACGCGACCAGAGAUCUCCUUCUCAGUUAGUCGUGUUUGCCAAUACAUGCAGAAUCCUACAUUAGAUCAUUGGAAAGCCGUGAAACGGAUCCUUCGCUAUCUCAAAGGAUCCCUUACGCAUGGUAUCUCCAUCACUCCAUCCACUUCAUCUACUAUACAUGUUUACUGUGAUGCAGGGUGGGCUGCUAAUCCUGAUGAUCGUCGUUCUCAUCAUGGCUUUGCUGUAUAUUAUGGUCCUAAUCUAAUCAGUUGGUCCUCACGGAAGCAAAAGGUAGUAGCUCGGUCCAGCACUAAAGCUGAAUAUCGUGCCAUUGCAUUUGCCGCAUCAGAAGUAUCUUGGAUAGCUAGUUUGAUCAAGGAACUCUGA